AUGAAAGUCACAUCUGUGAUCGCUGUCAUUGUCGGCACUUUUGCCGCCCUUGCGUCAGUCUCUUGCGCCUCUCAGCCUGUCAUCGAGCGAAACAGCAUUGCAAGCGACCAGAAUGACGAAUUGCAACCCAGAGAUACUUCGAGCUGUAAAGCCUCAGCAAGAAUCAGAAAUCACCAGCACCGCAUAAAGAGCAAGAAGAAGGACACUGCCAAGAAAGUCGUCGUCAAACCAAACACAAAGUCUCAUCGCAAGACGAGUUCAAAAUGGCCCACCAGAACUCGGAAGCCUGCAUUCCAAACCCCCAAGAUCGUUGCUCACACUUCGCAGUCCAGGACUGUGAGCUCAACUAGGUCGUCGGCAGAAUCUGCCUCGACAGGAACCGCCGACUCGAAUCUGUCCAAUUUCGAGACCACCAUGCUCGAGAUCCAUAAUAUGGAUCGAGCCAAACACUCAGCGUCGCCGCUCACGUGGGACACGACUCUGGCUUCGGCUGCUGCCAAAUGGGCAUCAGACUGCAAAUGGGGACACACGCCCAACAACGCAUAUGGCCAGAAUAUUGCUGCGGGCACAGCGAGUGGUUUCGGCGCCAAAGAUGCCACCGACUUGUGGUAUGAUGAAAACUCUCAGUAUGAUUUCACCAAGGCACAGUAUAGCGCUGCCACGGGACAUUUCACGCAGAUGGUUUGGAAAGGCUCGAACAAGCUUGGUUGCGCGAUUCAAAAGUGCUCCUCAGAGCAGAUUGGGUUAGGUGGAUCCGGAACGGCGCAGUAUGUCGUGUGCAACUAUGACCCACCUGGAAACUAUAUCGGAAAGUUCAAGGAGAACGUCUCGCCCAACUAG